GGCCCGGGCUCCCGGGGAGGGAGGACCCCCGGGCGGGCAGGGAGGCAGGAGCUGCGGGGCUGUCUGGUGUCUCUGGGGAGGAGCAGAGGAAGCAGCCCUGUGAUAUGGAGCACACGCGGUGCGUCUGGUUUCCAGCCCCGGGGGCAGCGGAAUGAACACAGGAGCUUCUGGCGGAGGCCAGGCUGGGAGCCCUGACCCUGGCUGCCUGGCUGCAGGACGGAACCCCCAGCAGGGGGGUCAAGACCCUGCAGGUGUCGGCAGCCCUGGGACCCAGAGUUCUGGAAACGCUGUUUCCCUGAAGGGGAUGCAAGGAGCUUCUGUGUCCUUUCAUGUGAUCAGAAAUCCAGACUUGCCUCCAGUAGAUGAGCUGGAGAAGAUAUCAUGGGGCAUUGUAUUCAGAUCGAACUACAUAGUCAUGCUGCAGGUCUUUCCUGGGGCAGAUGUUCCAGAAUGGGUCAACUGGCAGGACAAGUUCCAGAAGAGGGUCCAUGUGUUCAACAUAACCACCCUGAAGAUUGACAACCUGACCCUGGAGGACACUGGGCUGUACCGGGCUCGAGACUCCUACACGAGAGGAAGACAAUACGACCAGGAUUUCCACCUGACUGUGUAUGAGCCUCUGCCCCUUCCCCAGAUCAGGACCACGAAUCUGUCCAUCACCCCAGGCUGGUGCAACGUCACUGUGCAGUGUGACGCCCCGGGAACCAGGGAGGACCUGACCAUGUCCUGGGAGAGCAGGGGUCUCCCCAGGGAGCUGGAACAACGAGAGGCCACAGGACCAGCCCCCAACCCCUGGACCCUGGCUCUGAGCCUGCCCCUGAGCCAGCCCAAUGCCAGCCUCACCUGUGUGCUCAGGAACCAGGUGGACCAGACAACUGCCACCUUGGACCUUGGGGACAUCUGUGGCCACACAGAUCCACAGGGACAGAGUGAUGCUGACCAUCUACCCGGCAUCCUGGUGACUGUUGUGGUCCUGCUGCUGAUCCUGGGAGCUGGACUGUUUCUCUGGAGGAGAGGGGUGAAGAAGAGCCUGGAGCCUGGGAGAGGUGCAGGGUCCCAGGAGGAGCAUAGGGACCCAAUGAUGGCAUCCACUCUGCAGAGCUGAGCCAGCAGGGGUCUGGACUCAGCAGGGACCAGGUCGGCUCAGCCUCAGCCCGGACACCCCUGGAUGGACUCUGCUCUCCUCCUCAUCUAUAGGACAGCAAACUACCUUCGGACCCUCGCCCCCUGGACGCACCACUGUGACUCACAGCCUCCCACCGGGACAGUCUGAAGAGCAGCCCGCGGUCAGGCUGGGCCGAGAGCUAUUCAGGGACGCGAUGCCUCCGUGGCGGUCAGCGCCGGCUGCGUGCUGCUCUGUGGCCCGCACUGCUCUGACCUCGUGCAGGCUGGGACCUCCCGGGCCUCGUGCACACGCCGUGACGUGGGGGUCUUGUGCGCAGGGUCGGGUCAGUAGAAGGAGGCCUUGGGGGCUGACUCUGGAGGCCGCGCAGCUGGGAGCGCUGGGCCGGGACCCCGCCCGGGGAUCGGGACUCCAGGGCGCGGCUCCCCAGCCCUCGGCUGUCUGUCGCGAGUCCUGGCAAAGCUCCAUUCUGUCCUGUCCUGCUGCAAAUGGCAGAGCCUCCUACUGUUCAGGAAGAAAUGGAAGUUUCUGGGUCCUACCAGUUAGCUUUUAACAGGCUGUGUUGAUUGACACCUGCCUCCCUCCUUCUCCUCUCCCUGCGGAGGAUGCUGAGGUCCUGGGGUCUCAGUGAGGAUUUCCCCCCAACUGUAGGACCUUCUCUGGGGACGUGUCCUGUGUGCAUUACUCUCCCUGGUUGUCUCUCUGACCUGUGCCCAUUCCCUGCAGCCCUCACCCCAUCUCCCUGCUCAACACCUGAGCCCGCUCCUAGGCCUCACCUCACAGGGCCCCUAGAUCACCAGGAGGUGACCCUGGUGAUACCCUUUCAUGUUCCACACCCUGUGCCCUUGGGUCCCUACUGGCCACCCUCCUUGACCCCCCCCCCCCCACCUGCCACCCUCCCAGGCUCCUCAGCUGCCCCUCCAGGGCCCCUCUUCCCUCACUGGUGGUGCUCCUCAGGAUUUGAGACAGCCUCCUUCCCAUCUCCUGUGUCCUUUACUUCUGGGACCCCUGCUCCCAGGGCUCAGUGUCCCAUCCCAGCAGAGAUGCCUAGCCCUGCCUCCCCACCUGAUGCUGUCUGCUAAGUCCCAGGCCCUGCACUGCAGCCCCUUGUCCUCAUCCCUGCCCCUGUGUCCUCCCCCAUCCUCUCCUCCCAGGGUCACAGCCCAGCUGCCCUUUCUGUAACACCUGGGAUCUGGUGAGAAAGAGCAGGAGCUCCCCUCCCACAGGAAGGAAUGCAGAAGUAAUUACAAUCACACAGUAAAUGUGCCUGUUUUGUUCAUGGGAGAGGUGGGAGCAGUUCACCUGAACCCAAGAAAAAUAUGGUAAGGUCACCUCUUGGUAUGGGACGACUUUUCUCUCCUUAUGUGCUCUUCCACCAUUCCCCCAGGUGACACAGCUCCCUGCUAUUCACCUGAAUUAGUAAUUCAAGCAGGACAAACUGAGUCUCAAAUGUCCCUUCCUCUCCGUCUCCCAGCUGAGCCUCAGAUUGCACUGGAAGCAGGUAGAUCCCCUGAGAACAGAGGAAAGCAGAGAGGCUUGUCAUCCCCAAACCUCUUCUUCCGCACAGGAGCCCGCAGGCAUGCACACACAGACACACACAGACACACACACACACACAUACACCACCUUCCAGCCACACAGCUGCAUGUACCUCAGGACGAGGGCUGUCCCACAGACACCUAGAUCACAGUGUCAGCAGGACUCUGAGUAUCUGAGGACAUGUCAACAUCUGGAAGGUGGCAGAGCAGGUCGGUGUCUGAAUCUGCAUACAUUUCUGAGCUCAGCUCCCUUCCCUGCAGGAUCCCUAGGGCUCCCCCUUGGUGCUGGCGGGGAGCAGUAAACUCCAUUUCUGGUCCGUGGGAGUAGUAACCACAGCGGGUGCUCACUGCCUCAGUAGCCACACCGCACACAGUCUGUGACAGAAGUGCCCCAACUUCAUGUUUGCAUGGUUCCUGUGUUCAGUUUAGACCAGACAGUAAGGGUGUGAGGAUGGAGGUGAGGGCUCGAAGCCACAGCACCUCCCACAGAGCCUCAGGGGCCCCCCCAGCACCCGGGCCCUGCCCCUGUCACCCAUUCUGUUGAGCUCCACUAGAUGACUCCCCAUCUCUGCAGAACACUCAAGACCCCGGUGCACUCCCCUCAACUGGGAGUACACACUUCUAAAUCUGUGUUCCAUUCCUGACUAGUGUGAGGGUGGGUCCCUUCCCUCCCUGUGGGCCUUCUGUCCUGCUGCCUUGCUGAACUCACAUAUUAGUCCAGGGAUUUUUCUGUAGAGUCCACGGGACUUUCUGUGCAGACAAACAUAUAAAUAGUGUCUAUGAUAAACACAAGUUUUCUCUUUACCAUUUUAAUCUAUAUUUUAUUUUAUUUCUUUUUCUUGUUAUUGCACUGCUCAGACUUGCAAGUGAAUGGUGAAAAGCAGUGGGGAGAGCAAACAGCCUUGCCUCCUUCCUAAUCUUAAGGGGAAAGCUUUCAGUUUUUCACCACUAUUAGCGAUAUUAACUUCAGGGAUUUUUGUCAAUAUGCUUUAUUAGAUUUAUCAGUUUCACUCUCUCUGCUCUUUUCUUUCUUAUUUCCUUUCUUCCACUUGCUCUGGGCUUAAUUUGCUCUUUUUUGUAGAUUCAUAAGGUAAAUGCUUAAAUUAUUAACUUCAAGCAUUUCUUCUUUUGCAACAUCCACCUGUCAUCAUAUAUAUUUCCCUAAAGCACUGGGUUAGCUUGUUUUCACUCAUUUUGAAUACUUGUAUUUUUAUAUCCAUUCACUCCAAAUAUUUAAAAUUUCCCUCGAGACUUCCUCUUUGAGUCAUGAGUUAUUAAGAAGUGAUUUGUUUAAUUUCUGCAUGUUUGCAAAUUUUCCUGUUAUUAAAUUCUACUCAAGAGGCACCUGCAUAGCUUAGUGGGUUCAAUGCCUGCCCUUGACCAAGGUCAUGAUCCUAGGGUCCUGGGAUUAAGCCUUGCGUCAGAAUCCCUGCUCGACAGGUGUCUGCUUCUCCCUUCCCCUUGCUCAUGCUCUCUUUCUCUAAUGAAUAAAAUAUUUACAAAAAUUUCUACUCUA